AUGGCGCACGACAAGGACACCUCCGCAGCCCAUAUCGAGCACCCCGAACACGAAGCCGUCCUCACCGGAGCAGUCGCCCUCGCAAGCCUCUUCAGCAGCUGCGUCGAAGCAUUCGGCCUGAUCCACCCGUCGCACAGAUGGGACAAGGAGGAGCAGCUGUUGCUCACCCGAUUGGGACUGGAGCAGGCGCGACUGCUGAUAUGGGGCUCAGCAUUGGGUAUCUCUGCUCCGCCUGCCUCGGUCACCAAUCGCGCUGUGCCCAGACAUCCGAGUUCGGCAUACCCAGACGUGAAGGAACCCACCUUCUUCGACAUCCGAGACCCUCGACUCGAUGAUCCGAACAUGAGGACCAUGAUUGAACAGACGCUGAGUGACAUUGUAGAUCGCUCAGCAAGUGCAACAAGAGAGGAGAUGAUGGCGAAAUAUGGCCUGAAGCGGCCAAAGAGCCCCACCAUGAUCUUCGAGCCGGCCAUGGACCCCAACCGCUUGGAGUCUUUCAGAGAGAGGUGGGCUCUCCUGCGCGAAGUCGCAGAAUCAUACGCGCAGAUCAACACCAGGCGGAACAACUCGAUCAUCCAUAGCUCGUGGGUCAUCGCAGACGUCACCAAGUUUGGAGCCUUCGUCAAGCUCAUUCAAGAGAAGAUCGAUUUCCUCAUAAACCUCAUGAACGUCAAAGACAAGGUAGAUAGGGGAAUGCGUAUGGAUAUUCGAAUGUUUGGUUGGCACAUUGCGCCGGACAGAGUCAAGACGGCUCAAGAUAUUGCCAAGCUAAGGCUGUUGCAAGAGAUCUGCAAGCAAGGUUAUUCAGACUAUGUCACUGCGACACAGCAAGCAUUGGACCACAUCGGUCGAGAGACGCGGGAGAACGGCAUCUCGUCUGCACAACAGCGGCAGACACAGGCAUUGCUGAGUCCACCCGCGGACGAAGUCAGCAAUGGUCAGCACCACAAGAAGCGACCCGCGCUCAUGAAGCUCUUCCGCCCUUUCGCCAAAUCGAAAGACCACGGCCGAUCUCAGAGCCUCAGUGCUCCUACUGCAGAUGAUGGUCCUGCCCGAUCUCAAUCCCAUCCGGGUCUCACUACUGACACUUCGGACGACGGCGAAUCUCUCGGACAAGUGCGGUCCAAGAGCGUAGGAGCAUGGAUCCAACCUAACAUCGAUGAGUCUCUUGAUCAACAGCUGGGGAAGCUGAAUACCACGGAAGACGAUAUGAAGCCCACACAGCACACUCCUGAUUCGCCGUUGCAGGAGACCACGGGUACGGCUAAGCAUCAUCCAACUCCGAUGGGUGUGCCUGGAUCUAUCGCCCGACACGAUCAAUAUCGUGGUAUUGCGAGGACGCCAACUCGGAAUUUGUUUCAAGAUGGUGGCAAUUUUGCCGAUAAGUGA